UCGUUUAGAACGACGUAAAUUCUAGUUGCGCAUCACAUCAUUGGCAAUUUGAUUUAUAAAACAUCUUAAAAUUGAGCUUUUAAGCUAUUAUUAUACAAGUGUAUCCACAUUGUAAGUUAUUUUCCUAUUUAAUUGAGACAAUUUCAUUGUAUCUGAAGUACAUUUAUUGUUACUGAUAAUUGGGAAUUUAAAACCUCAAGGAUAAAUAGUGUUUAGUAGAAUAUUGGAGACAUUCAACGGUGAAGGAAUUGUUUAAAUUAAAAUUGCUAAGGAUCGCCACUUUUUCAUAGGGAUUUUAUUCGUCUUCUCAAAGCAUGAAACAGGCCACUGCAAAGACAGAGAUGAGCCGCUUCAACAUUUCUCCGGAUGAGGAUAGCAGUGUCAGUUCCAAUAGUCAUGAAUACAGCUCCUGUCCAACCAAGAAGGUUCCUAUUGACAGUCAAUAUCCCGAUAUGGAUGCGGAGAGUCAAAACUUCCUUCCAGACUACCACCUGGACAAGAAGAAGUAUGAAACGGAUUAUCAUCCAGGCACCGCCUCUUUUGGGAUGUCAGUCUUCAACCUGGGCAACGCUAUUAUGGGCAGUGGCAUCCUUGGUCUUUCCUAUGCCAUGGCCAACACUGGCAUUGCACUCUUUGUAAUUCUCCUGGUGGCUGUGUCCAUCUUCUCCCUGUACUCUGUGCACUUGCUCCUAAAGACAGCCAAUGAAGGAGGGUCGCUGGUCUAUGAACAGCUGGGUUACAAGGCCUUCGGGAUGCCCGGUAAACUGGCUGCAUCCAUCUCCAUCACCAUGCAGAACAUCGGAGCCAUGUCCAGCUACCUCUACAUUGUGAAGUACGAGCUGCCGAUCGUUAUCCAAGCCUUCGUGGGAGCUAACAACGGAGAGUGGUAUGCGAACGGGGACUAUCUUGUGAUCUUGGUGUCAGUUGUCAUCAUCCUGCCACUCUCACUUCUCAGGAACCUUGGUUACCUUGGUUACACAAGUGGUUUCUCCCUGCUUUGCAUGGUGUUCUUCCUGAUUGUGGUGAUCUAUAAGAAGUUCCAGAUCCCGUGCCCUUACAUUCCUAACAUGGACGUGAUACUGAACGAGACGGUUAGCAAGGUCCUGAACAACACGGUGGGCUUCCUCAACACCACCGCCAUCGUCUACAACGAGGACGUGUGCACACCCAAAUACUUUGUCUUCAACUCUCAGACUGUGUAUGCUGUUCCUAUCCUGACGUUCGCCUUUGUCUGCCACCCCGCCGUCCUGCCCAUGUACGAGGAGCUUAAAGAUCGUUCCCGUAGAAAGAUGCAGGGCGUGGCCAACGUGUCUUUCCUGGCCAUGUUCAUCAUGUACCUGCUGGCUGCUCUCUUCGGAUAUCUGACCUUCAACGUGCAUGUGGAGCCCGAACUUCUGCACACCUACUCCAAGGUCUACAAGUCUGACGUGAUCCUACUCAUCGUUCGUCUGGCCGUGCUGACAGCUGUCACCCUGACUGUCCCUGUGGUGCUGUUUCCCAUCCGCACGUCGGUCAACCAGCUGCUGUGUGCCUCCAAGGAGUUCAGCUGGAUCCGCCACACCAUCAUCACCAUGGUUCUGCUGGCCAGCACAAACUGUCUGGUCAUCUUCGURCCCWCCAUCAGAGACAUCUURGGCUUCAURGGUGCAUCUGCGGCAGCCAUGUUGAUCUUCAUCCUGCCCUCGGCCUUCUAUAUCAAACUGGUCAAGAAGGAGCCCAUGAAGUCUGUGCAGAAAAUUGGGGCAUCCAUCUUCCUGUGCAGUGGUUUCUUCGUCAUGAUCGGCAGCUUGACCCUCAUCACCCUUGACUGGAUCAGCAACGCCUCACAAGCCGCCGACGGACACUAGGAUACCUCAUCCACCAGGGGGGCACCACACCAUCCGCAGCUCAGCCGCUAAACAUCUGACCGCUAAGACUGCUACCCAAGAAGAAGAAAAUGACCUCACAUACAACAAUGUUCGGCUUUGAACUCUAAGCAAGUGACUUUACCAUUCCAAUGAGAAUGUACUGAACUUUGUACAGUAUGCAGUUAAGCCACACAGGUGGUGAUUUUCUUUUUUCCUUUCGUUGUGCUUUCUUUGUUUCGUUUUCCGUUUUGGACGUUUUCUCUCUUUUUUGUAAUUCUGGUACAGUUGAAACUUUUGAUGGUGCCUCAAACAGGGAUCGUGUAGUUGUAGAGUUCCAAUACAGCUCAUAUUCAGGUACUGCGUGUGAGCUCAGCUUUUUGGGCACAGCGACAACUUUUCUCAACCAGGGCCGCACGCAACCGCGGGCAUCCUGGAAUCCCAGAACUCAUUAGAGGUGAAGAACAUGACAGUAGACUUCUACUCGACGUGAAUAAUUUAGCGUUCAACUUCUUAUUUUUUAAAACAUUGCCAAAAAAGGUAUUUGUAAUAUGUGUUUAUAUAUUGAAAAGCACUUAAUGUUCAGCACACUCGUGAGGAAAUUGUCUGUUCACGGACUACUAGACCGCUUAUCAGUAUUUGUACCAAGGCUGUGUGACCUAGCUAGUGGUGUCGGCUUAACUUGUAAAAUGCUUAGUAUGAAUCAARGAAACCUGCCUUCUCAAAACCCCACACUGGAAGUUYCAAAAMAUCUCUUAGGYGAAAUCUCUUUUAAA